GGGUCGAAUUCCUCUGAUUACUAGGUUGAAUAGAAACCUAAUGUCAAUUUCAAUAUGGCGUAUCUUGUACGACGUCUUGUCCUCCAGCGUUUGUUAACUACAAACUCAAAGAUAUUUUCAGAGACUGGUCUCAAGUGCCAAAGUACAAGUAGACUACUGCAUACACAGAGUACCAUCAUAAACAAUAAAACGAAUCAUGUAUCCUGUCAUGUGACCAAAAUUCCAUCCAAACGAUUCCAUUUAUCGACGUACUUGAAAUGUGAGGCGGAAGAGAAAAGUGCUUUACAGGAGAGAUAUGGAAAAGAGUGUGUGGUCUUGCCAUUACCGUUUGCCAUGAUUAAGGACAUACAAUAUAUUCAGAAGCAGCUGGUCCGUUUAAGUUUUAAAUAUGAUGUCGGGUUCAAAAUUGACAGCAAAGGUGAAAAUCCACACAUAAAACUGUUUGCAAAAACCAAGGAGCAGGUGGAAAAUGUGGGCCAGUUGGUGCCUCAGAUAUUGGAUGAAUUGAAAAAUAAAAACUUGAAGUAUUCAAACCAAUUGCAUAAACGAGUACGAAUUCCAUAUGUCCCAAAGAAAUUUUCCUCAAAGGUAGUGAACAAAGCUCUCGUUUCCAAAAACUUGGGCGAUGUGGAGGAGAAAACAGGGUGUACUAUCAUCCAUAGGAAGACCUGGUCACAUCCUUGCAUCAUGAUUUAUUCCAGAGAUGUUGAUAAAUUGGAGGAGGCAGAAAAAUUGGUGGAAAAAUUACUUGACGAAACGUUACAAAGAUUGCUGUCAUGUGAGGUAUUACAGUUACCAUUUCCUGACAACUUGCCAACCAAUUUUGAACCAGCAAUCAUUUUAAGGCGAUCAGAGGACAUGAGAAACACUUUUAAAGAAUACGAGAAGAAACUGUUUGUUCAUGUGACAGUAUCCUCAGAGGUACCCAGUAGGCGAUGUUUCGAAAUAUUUGCAGAUACUCGAGAAACAGCAGAAAAAGUAAAAGAACUGAUUACCAGGGUUGUAGAUGAGGAGGCCAAAUCAUUUCAAAACCAAUACAGCGAGAUCCUUCAUAUUCCCGCCAAUGAAAAACUGUGGAAUUAUCUAAAACAGACACUUUUGAACAUAAUUAGAGAUAAAUACCCAUCGGUUUCUUUUCAUCAUAAUCUCUUUGAUCUGAAGAAAAUGCAUCCUGAUGCUUCAAUUCCUUCACAAUAUUUCAUUAGUGGAGACAAUCCAGAAGAUGUUAAGAGAGUUGUGGAGAUGUUAAGAAUGGUAGUUGACAAUGAAUGAAUAAAGUUUACAAAUUUU